AUGAGCGCACGUCGCAGUCGACUCCGCCGCGUUCGGUGGCUGCCGCACCAGCGCAUCGUGGUGCUCAAAGAGGUCGAUUUGUGGGCCGAGGACUGCGUAACAGAGGAUGUGGACGUCGUUGCGGAGAGGCUUUGGCGGAUGCGCGUAGAUGCGAGCCGCAACGGCAGAGCACAGUACUUGGCCGAGUACCUGGCCCUCCAUGUCGACUCCUCGCGCCACUAUCAGUGGCUCCUCAAAAGCUACGGCCCUUCGCUUCGGGACGUGUUGCUCACUCCCUCCCUGACUUCCUUCACAGAGGAGCGCUGCAAAGGCGUGCUGCGCUGUGUCCUCCUGGCGCUCGAUCAGCUGCACCGAGUGUCCAUGUACGUGCACGCCGACGUUAGCCUCGGCAAUGUCUUGACUUCACCGACGAGCUGUGACGACGUUGUGUUGGGGGACUUGGAGAGCGUGAGCCCGAUCGGUGCGGUGCCUAGUGCGUGUCUUGGGUCAUACCUCUUCAUGGCGCCGGAGAGACUGGUGGACGGCGCACUGCCCCUCGCCCCGCACGACGACAUUUGGGCGUUCGGCGUCGUUUGCUACAACCUGCUAACCUGGGAAGUGACGCAUCCAUGGUGCGUUCUAGGGACGAAGUCCGAUCACUCAGAGAACUACUGGGCCUUCUUGGACCUCAUGUCGAAGGCGAAGGACGUGCCGCCGUGCCAGCUUCUGUUGCAGUCGCCCCUGUCACGGUGCUCCAAAGAGGCGCUGGCGUUUGUUGCGUUAUGUUUGAGUUGGGACCCGGCAUGUCGCCCUUCUGCUGCGGAGCUGCUACAGCACAGCUGGCUGCUUUCCCCAUGA